AAUCCAUAGCAUUAUACCUAAUGCUGGAAGUAGAUAUCUAUACAACUUGAUAAGAGGCACUCUUUUUUUGAUAAUCCACUUUCAAUUCCAACAAGGAUUUAUAAUAAAAAUAUGCAAAUCUACCCAGCUGCAAACUCUUGUGAUCCUCUACCACUUGGUGAGCAGCGUGUGGGCACUGAUAUUCUUACUACUGUUACUCUCUACAGAAAUCAAGCCAAGUUGAAUAUACUGCUAGACUGACUUAGCAUGAGGGCAGCUGGUCUGAUUUAGCAUGUCUGUUGUAAGCCUGGGCAAAUAAAUAAACCUCUUUAUAAAGAAGACAAACUGGAACACAGAGAACACAGGCAUGGUGUAGAGUAGGAGCAAAAUUCUUUGUGGAGACUAAUUGAAAAUUUUCUGGCAAAAAUUAAACACACAGGGAGGGGGGAGAGGGGGAAGCCUUCUUUUGGGUCAGUCCAAAAUUUUGAGUCAGAUGUUAUUAAUGUAGUUUUUGAAGAGAGGAAGCUAUGUAUCCUCUUCUCUUUCUGUUCCUUAAAUUGAAUUCUUUUCAGACUAAAAGCCAGUGGUCUUCAGACAAGUUUGUUAAAGCACUGAAUUUCAAUUUUACAAUAUUUAGAAAAUCACUUCCCCCUUUUUUUUUUUUUCCCUUGAGACUGUUUAUUGAAUUCAGCAUUUCUGUGCAAACAGUUUUGGGUCCUACGAAAUAAUUGUUUUUGGUAAAUGUAUUGACAGGAGAAACACCCAAUUCUAAUCAAGGACACUUGGUUUUCUCCUAAGAAAGUACAAGAGGUUUAAAACACGUGAAUGCGUUUAGGUUUAAAUCAACAUGAUUAUUUAUCUUCUGAAGCCUUUAGUACCAAAGCAGUCUGAAAUGCUGUUGUAGCAUGUGUAUGAUGACCACACGGGUUACACAGCCUGCCUGCCUUUGACAGCUUUGCAGAAUGUGUUCUUGUAUGAGCUGUCAUCAAAUACAAAAAGACAACUUCCUUCUGAGUAAGUUGUUGUCUGAAAGAAAGUCUGUUUCCCUGCCAUCUUUUCUUUUUGCCUGCUUGUGUGAUGUUUGACAUAGUACAUCUAUUUUAAACUUCUAACAUGAGCCGUUUUAGAUUAACCUUUCUUGGCUUUAGUGCCUUCUUGCAGAAAUGAAGAUAUUUAUCUGAUGGCUUCUGUUCUGAGUUGUGCCUGGCAGAUUUGUAGUACAUCCCGAAAAUCCUGCUUUGUUUUGGGAAUAGCAUUGUUCAUUGGGCUGCAAAGGUUGUUUUGCCAGUAUGGACUAGGCUCAUGCCCUCCAUGCAUGGCUUUUGCCCACAAGAUCUUUUGAUGUUGCUGGUGACCAAAUGUAAAUUACAUUUGAAUAUGUGGGUAAGCAAUGAAGAUAAAAUAGGAAGUUUGCAGCAUGUGCAGUGUUGUGAAGAUGAUGAUCAUGGCUAAAUGUAUGAAUAGACAAUAAAUUUAGAUUGUCUUGGAAGACUUCAGCCUGAAGAAUGUAUUCUAUAGUCACUUGUCAUGUGACUAAUAGUAAUAGGUUGCAGGCAACCAAUGCUAACUAAAAUAUUAUGUGUAUGUAUUAGACUUUCACCAGGUCAGACAGAGGAUAUAAUUGCAGAUAUUAGAAAUUAAUGGUCAGGUGGAAGGGAACAAGGUCUUUGGAUUAUUAGUAAUGUUUUCCAGAACACAUUGAAACUUCCCAAAGCCUAGAGGAGUCCAUGUGAUGCAAUAGCUUAGAGAAAAGAAGACAAGAAACACCAAAACAAAAACACACAUUAAAAACCAAAACAAAACAAAAAAGAAAAAAACAAAAAAACCAAAAACAACCCACACCAAUAACAGGCUGACCCAGAUAAUUUCAAGCAACUCCAUCUUACAUUGUUCCUAAGAGUUGCAGGAAGAGGACAAAAUAAGGGAGUAGCCAGUAUUGGACUUCUUGUUCUUAAAGCGUUAAGGAAGGGUAAUACAUGCUAAUCAGUAUAGCUUAAUGGAAAGUAUAUCUGGUCUAAUUUGAUAUUUUAAAACUAUCUGUAUUAUCAGUCGCUCUUAUGAAAGUAAUUUCACUGAUGUAAUGCAUUUUGAUUCAUUUUACCAUUUGAAUGGUACUGUGUGAUUCACUGACUAAGAAUUUCAAAAGUACAACCCCCAAAUUCAUCAAUAUGGAUAAAAGAGAAGUAACUGAUGUCAGCUUUGAUGAUUCCUAGCUCACAGUCACAAAGCAAGGGGUUUCAGCAGGUAUUCUGGGUAUUAACGUUUAUCCUGCAAUAUUUUAGCCUUUUAUUACAGGGAAGAAUUAAGUAUUAAAAACCUACCUGUAAUGGAAAAUUCAAAUUCAAACACUUAGUUCAUGAAACAGAAUCACAGGAAAACUUGUUUAAAGUGUGUUUUAGUUUCAUCUCCUCAGCCAGUCACAAAGGAAUAUAAAAAGGUCUUCAAAUCCCUAUAUGGGAAGGAGCUUUAGGAACAUCAUUGUAAAGCCCAGUGGGCAGAGAUUGGACACAAACACAAAUCAAUUUCUGUUCUGAUAGAGAUGCAUGAUAUUUUCUAUGUGCUUCUGUAUAAAUGUUGAAGACCUGGAGAUGAGACAAGCUAACUUAAAAUUGAAGAUGGUUUAGGUUUAACAGAGCGUGCCAGGAACUUCAGCACCAACUGCUUAACAUCAGUUCUGGAUCAAAGAAAGGAAUUGUCCAUCUGCCCAGAGAUUUCUUUCAUAAAAUCUAGACUAUAGGCAUUUUCACAUCUGUCAAAUUCUUAAGUACUAGCAUUGAAAUAGAUCCUGAGCCAGAGAUGAGAUUGGGACCACAGUAGAAAAUGAGACAAAUGUAAAUUUUACUUAAAAAUUAUUGAAGUAGUUUACUAAGGGUAAUGGUGAGUUCUUUAAAACAAUAAUUAAUUAGUAAUGAAAUACUAUUGGACUGUGUUUACCUAAGAUUUUCUCUUCAGUAUCAGUGCAUGCAUUCUGGUCCAACUUAAUUGUUGCUGGAUUCUGGGGAUUGAAUCCAUUCCAUACAUAAUGUGUCAAAGUGGCUCAUGGAAACAAGUGAUUAACUCCAUGCAAUAGGUGGUAAUUUAAGUUCAAUAUGCUGCCUUGAAGCUUCUCCAUGAUGUCUGUAGUCUUACAGUGACCAAGUGAUCACAGUUGUUCAUUGAAAAAGUUGUGAACUUUUAUGCAUGAAAAGCUAUGUAGGGAUUUUUGCUUUUUCCAGUAAUCCCAGUGUGCAUGAAACACGCUCAACAAUUUUCUUCUGGUUUUGACAAACUUCUCAGCACUGGCAAAAUCAGGGAAACAUUUUUGGUGGUACAGUUGACAUUGGUAAUUAGCUUAUCAAAAGAUAUUUUCCUAAUAAUUUCUUUUUGGAUAAAUGUCAACAGAUCCUAAUCAAGACUAGAUUAGAUGGAUUCUGACUAUAGGCAAGUCUUCAGGCUGACCUGUUAGCUGCCACUGAGAAGCCUGUUUGUUAUCCAUUACCUGAGGUACUUAAGAGUGUAGCGGGAACCAAACAAGCUGACAGUGUUUCGAAAAGUUACUUACUAUUAUGAGUACGCAGUAUAUGGUGAUCUGAACUAGAUUUAGUUCUACAUGCAUUUCUAGUCCCCACACCUAAUCCCUCAGCAUUUCGCUUUCUAAGUGGGAAUGACUUCUUAGGAGAUGUAGCAUCUAACUGGGAAAUUUCCAUCAGUGCCAGCCAUGCUGGCUUUCUAUUUUCUUGGGAGAUAGAAAAUAUGCCCCCCUUCUUCCAAACCAUGCAAGUUAAACAUCCUGUAAUUACCAGCAUCAACAGGCAUCUGUACCAUGACACUCCACUGCAUGCGCCUUUUUCUCUUCCUUCUGCUCGGUUCAUGGUGGCCAGACUCAGAGAAGCAUAUGGUGGGAGCUGUGAAGGUCAGGGAGCACUAUAUAGCUGCUCAGAUCACUAGCUGGACCUACAAACCGGAACCUGAGGAAAAGUCCAGAUUGGAACAUUCAGAUCCAGUGUUUAAGAAAAUUUCUUACAGAGAAUAUGAAGUGGAUUUUAAAAAAGAAAAGCCAGCAAAUAAAUUUGCAGGACUUCUGGGACCAACUCUGCAUGCUGAAGUGGGAGAUACUUUAGUAGUUCAUCUUAAGAAUAUGGCUGACAAGCCAGUCAGUAUUCAUCCCCAAGGCACAGUUUACAGUAAAAAUGCAGAAGGCUCCCUGUAUGAUGACCGAACAUCAUCUGUAGAAAAACGAGAUGAUGCUGUGCUUCCAGGCCAAGUCUACACAUAUGUGUGGGAUAUAACAGAAGAAGUUGGUCCAAGAGAAGCUGAUCUUCCUUGCCUUACUUAUGCAUAUUAUUCUCAUGAGAACAUGGCAAUGGAUUUUAACUCUGGUCUGAUUGGGGCACUGAUUAUCUGUAAGAAAGGAAGCCUAAAUGAGGAUGGGUCACAGAAACUUUUCGAUAAGGAGUAUGUACUGAUGUUCGGUGUGUUUGAUGAAGACAAGAGUUGGCAAAAAUCAACAUCACUCAAGUACACAAUUAAUGGCUAUACUGAUGGAACAUUACCAGAUUUAGAAGCUUGUGCGUAUGACAACAUUAGCUUGCAUUUGAUAGGAAUGAGUUCCAAGCCAGAAAUUUUCUCCAUUCAUAUCAAUGGCCAGUCCAUGGAGCAAAGACAACAUCGAGUUUCUACUGUUAACCUACUGGGAGGAGCAUCAACCACAGUAAACAUGACAGUGACUGAGGAAGGAAAGUGGCUCAUAUCUUCUCUUGUGCAAAAGCACCUGCAAGCUGGAAUGCAUGGUUACCUCACUAUAAGAGACUGUGGGGACAAAGAGGUGAAGAAGAGUCGUCUCUCCUAUAAAGAACGUCGUAUGGUCAACAGCUGGGAGUAUUUCAUUGCUGCAGAAGAAGUUACUUGGGAUUAUGCCCCAAGUAUUCCAGACAGCCUUGAUAGACACUAUAAAGCACAGCACUUGGACAACUUCUCAAAUCUCAUAGGUAAAAAGUAUAAAAAGGCUAUUUUUCGGCAAUACACCGAUGCCAGCUUCACUAAACGUCUGGAAAAUCCUCGCCCCAAGGAAACUGGAAUCUUGGGCCCUGUUAUCAGAGCUCAACUCCAUGACAAUGUCAAAGUUGUAUUCAAAAAUAAGGCCAGUCGACCCUACAGCAUUUACUUCCAUGGAGUGACACUUUCAAAGAAUGCAGAAGGAGCUGAUUAUCCUCCUGAUCCCACAAGCAAUGACACCCAGAGUAGAGGAGUUGAACCAGGGAAGACAUACACUUACAAGUGGAAAAUUGCUAAAACGGACCAACCCACUGCACAGGAUGCACAAUGUAUUACAAGGCUGUAUCAUAGUGCUGUAAAUAUUGAGAGAGAUAUAGCCUCUGGACUGAUUGGCCCACUUCUGAUUUGUAAAAGUGAAGCACUGACACAGAAGGGUGUGCAGAAAAAGGCAGAUGUGGAGCAGCAGGCAAUGUUUGCUGUGUUCGAUGAAAAUAAGAGCUGGUACAUAGAGGAUAACAUCAAUGACUACUGCAGCAACCCUGCCAGUGUUAAAAGGGAUGAUCCCAAGUUCUAUAACUCAAACAUAAUGCACACAAUAAAUGGCUAUGUGUCUGACAGCAGUGAAAUCCUUGGAUUUUGCCAAGAUAGCGUGGUUCAGUGGCACUUUGCCAGUGUUGGCACUCAUGACGAGCUUGUCUCUGUUCGCAUUUCUGGGCACUCUUUUCUAUAUCAAGGGAAAUAUGAAGAUGUGUUGAACCUUUUCCCAAUGAGUGGAGAAUCAGUCACAGUGGAAAUGGACAAUGUUGGUACUUGGCUUUUAGCAUCCUGGGGUAGCCCAGAGAUGAGUAAUGGCAUGAGGCUGAGAUUCAGAGAUGCCAGAUGUGACUAUGAGGAAGAUGACAACAUGUUUGAUGUUGUGGAUUUCACUUACACCAAGACUGAUAAAAAGGCUGUUUCCACCUCAGUUGAAGAUGAUGUGCAAGAAGAAGUUGAUAAGGAUGACUUGGAUUAUCAGGGUUACCUGGCUUCCUUUUACUCCAUCCGAAGCUUAAGGAAGGCAACAGGCGAUGAAGAAAACCAAAACCUUACAGCACUGGCCUGGGAGCAGUAUGAAGGCACUGAUCCCAUGAGUUCUGAGGUGGCAGCUGGCUCAGGUCUGACAGCUAUAUAUAGCAGUGAAUCCACAAGCACCUCUAAGUUCUUAGAAACUCAUAUCACUCCUCUUCCCCUAAUAGAGACUGAAACAUUUCAAUCAAAUCACACAUCAGUCACAGCAGAAGAGGACUUAUUUUUAGCUGACACAAGUGAUGGGAAGGCUGACUUGGUAUUUGAGAAUAGAAGCCAAAGCAAUUAUGAAAGAGAUCACAGUAAUAACACGGCUGCAGGUGAGCACUUGCUGAGCAAUGGGGAAGGCCAAAUGAAUGUUGCAGAAGAGUUUCCAAGUGAUGGGAAUCACAGUAAAUUUUUUUCAGAAGAGCAGCAAGAAGAAAGCACAGGAACAGAAAAUUAUAACAUUAACAGUAAAAGGAAAAAGCGAAACUCACUGGCCAUCAAGUUUUACUCUGUCCAGAAGAUGAAUGCCCUUCUAAAUCAUGUACGAAAUAAAAAUGUCUCAUUUUUUGACAAGACAGGUGCAUCUCAUUCUGUGCAUCAUGCAGAGAAUGCAUCUGAGAUAGUGGGAACCAGCCAACUUCCAAGCGAUUAUGAUGAUGAACUGGAAGAAGAGGAAACCAAGAUGGAAAAUGGUAUGCAUGAUGUUAACUUGACGCUUGCUUUGGACCUCAUUGCAGGAGAUGGGUCGAAUGCAUCCAGCCUCUCUGAACCCAAGCUAUCCAAAGAUAAGCAAGCAGACACUUCUUUAGGCAAUAUAAGCCCUAAUUCCAGCCCUGCUUUAGUGAAGAACUUACUGGAAGCAUCAUGGCCCAGGUCUGGAAAAUAUUCAUCUAAAAUGACAAAUGAGGAAUGGAAUUUGGUGUCUGCAAAGGGGAGUCUGGGAUUAGAGGCAAAUUCAGAUAAAUCUGUGGGUGGUAAGUUAAAUCGUCAUGGCAGAAAUGUUACAGCAUUCAUAAAUAAGAAGCAUAUGAAGAAGUUUCAAGGGUUCUUGCAUCUAACAGGAGAAAACCAGAAAGGGAGCCACAUGCACCCAACUCUGAAAGGAAGGGAGGAGAACAAGAAUGAUACUUUGAGUACCUCUGGAUCCUUCAUCAAGAUCCGAAGGAAAAAAAAGGAAUAUCCAAAAAUGACCCACUUGAUGAGCCCAAGGAGUAAAAAGCCCCCCAAAAUCACCAAUUCUAUGGCAGAGUUUGGCCGUACAUUAUUUCUGGGUGAGACCAACCACACAACACUGCCAUGUUGCACAAACACCACAGAGGCACCCAGUGAGGCCAACCAUACACAUCUGAGCAGAACCAAGCAUGGAGAGUCACUAAAUUACACACUCACCCCACGACAGUUUAAGCCAUCGAUCACGAUUGGGCUUCCCCAAGAAAAUGGAGAAUACGAAUAUGUUGUGGAGGGAUCUUACAGCGAGGAAACAUCGGGUGGUGAAUAUGAAUAUCAUUAUGUGACCUUUGAUGACCCAUACAUGACAGACCCAAAACUGAAUAUCAACGAACAACGUAACCCAGACAACAUUGCUGAACAUUACCUGCGUAGCAAAGGGAAUGAGAGGAGAUACUAUAUUGCAGCUAAAGAGGUCUGCUGGAACUAUGCAGGAUACAAGAAAAGUACAAUGAUGAAUGACAAAACCUGUAAAGAUGGCACCAUGUAUAAGGUGAUUUUCCAAAGCUAUACAGACAGUACCUUUACGACACUUCAGGAUGAAGAUGAAUAUAAUGAACACCUUGGCAUCCUGGGGCCAGUUAUCCGGGCUGAAGUGGACGAUGUUAUCCUAGUUCACUUCAAGAAUCUGGCAUCCAGACCAUAUUCUCUUCAUGCUCAUGGACUCUUCUAUGAAAAGUCAUCUGAGGGAAGCAUUUAUGAUGAUGAAUCUACUGCUUGGUUUAAGGAAGAUGACCAAGUCCAGCCAAAUAACAGCUACAUAUAUGUAUGGUAUGCAAACAGGCGAUCGGGACCUGUGCAGUCAGGAGCAGCUUGUCGGUCCUGGAUCUACUACUCUGAUUUAAAUAUGGAGAAAGAUAUUCACUCUGGUUUGAUUGGGCCAAUACUGAUUUGUCAAAAAGGAACCUUCAGUAAGUCAAACAACAACAGAACAUCGACCCGAGACUUUUUCUUGCUUUUUAUGGUCUUUGAUGAAGAGAAAAGCUGGUACUUCGACAGACGUUCUGGAAGGCCGUGUAGUGAGAAGACCCAAGAAAGGCAGCAGUGCCACAAAUUCUAUGCCAUUAAUGGGAUUACCUACAAUUUGCAAGGCUUGAGGAUGUAUGAAGGUGAACUGGUCCGAUGGCAUUUGCUGAAUAUGGGUGGGCCAAAAGACAUUCAUGUUGUUAAUUUUCAUGGGCAGACCUUCAUAGAACAAGGAAAGCCACAGCAUCAGCUUGGUACAUACAUGCUCCUUCCAGGCUCAUUUAGAACAAUCGAAAUGAAACCGCAGAGACCUGGCUGGUGGCUUUUAGACACUGAAGUUGGGGAAUAUCAGCAAGCAGGAAUGCAGGCAUCCUAUUUGGUUAUAGAGAAAGAGUGCAAGAUUCCAAUGGGUCUAGCAAGUGGAGUCAUACUCGAUUCACAAAUCGAUGCUUCACAUCAUAUAGACUAUUGGGCACCUAAGCUAGCCCGAUUAAACAAUUCUGGAACAUACAAUGCUUGGAGCACUGUAGUGAAAAAAGAAGAACUCGCUUGGAUCCAGGUGGACUUUCAAAGACAAGUUCUGUUAACUGGGAUACAGACACAAGGAGCCAAGCAGUUUUUAAAGUCCUUGUAUGUCCAGAAGUUCUUCAUUGUUUACAGCAAAGACAAACGGAAGUGGAGCACCUUCAAAGGAGACAGCUCACCAGCACAAAAGAUUUUUGAAGGUAAUUCUGAUGCCUACGGGGUGAAAGAGAACAUCAUCGAUCCCCCUAUUAUUGCUAGGUACAUCAGAGUCUACCCAACUGAGGCCUACAACAGGCCUACUCUCCGCAUGGAGCUUCUGGGCUGUGAACUAGAUGGUUGCUCUUUGCCACUUGGAAUGGAAAAUAGAGAGAUCAAGAAUACCCAGAUAACAGCCUCAUCUGUUAAGACAUCCUGGUUUAACACAUGGGACCCUUCACUUGCUCGUCUCAAUCAGGAAGGAAGGAUGAAUGCCUGGCGAGCAAAGUUGAACAACAACCAACAGUGGCUGCAAAUUGAUCUUCUCACAGUUAAGAAGAUAACUGCGAUUGCUACCCAGGGCGUCAAGCACAUGUCUGCUGAAAACUUUGUGAAAACCUAUGUUAUCCUAUACAGCGACCAAGGCUCAGAGUGGAAAUCCUAUACAGAUGGUUCAAGCUCAGUGACAAAGGUUUUCUUGGGUAAUGAAAACAGCAACGGGCAUGUCAAGCAUUUCUUUAACCCACCCAUCCUAUCCAGGUUUAUCCGCAUUGUUCCAAGAACGUGGUAUAGUGGUAUUGCCCUUCGGGUAGAACUCUAUGGCUGCGAUUUUGGUGGGGGUCUGACCGUGAAAAGGACUGGCAGUUCUGGGAGCUCUUAACCUUUCAGCAAUCAUCAUGCAGAGCAAGUUUUUUUAAAACCCUUAAAACAGUCAUACUUAGUAGUUUGGAUGUGUGCUUCCUAAAGGACAUUAAUGUUUUGCCAGCAAGAAUUGAGAGAGAUUUCUCUGGCAGAUGUUUCAUUCCUGCAAAUACACACUUUAGAAAACCGCUUCUUUUCUUUGGGAAGAAAUAGCAGUCCCUUCUCAUUGUAUUAUCAUUUCUUCAUUCUAACCAGUGCUCUGUCUUACUUUUUACUUAAUUUUAAGUUCUAAAUCCCUAGAGAUGGAGACUCUGGCCUUAAUCCUGAGCCCUGAUUAUCUCCAUUUUGUAAUGCUUCUGCAGCACAGAGGAGGAAUAGAAAGCUACAGCAUGUGGAUGUUCUCCAUGCAUAGGGCUGAGAGGGAAAACUAGUGCAGAUAGGGAGCUGUGGUGCUGCAUUCCAGCAAUGCCUUGGAAGGAAAUGAUUGUAGAAGUGGUCUUGCCUCCAUGUGUCUUUCAUCUACACUGUCACAACAGUAGAAUGCAUCCCAGCAUUGAGGUGUAUGCAGUCCCUUCUUGGAGAACGUGGGUUUACAUUAUUGAUUUGGUUCUUGCAUACCCAGGCAUGCCUGAAAUGCUGUGGAUUUCACAUAAUUCGUCUUCAGUGCCCUGGCGAGGGGAAGGGGAGACAGCAGUAUCUUUCCCGGAAACAAGAAGAGAAGUGAUUUAGCCUGGCAGGUCAUGGAAUGACAACAGUAGACCCAAAGUGAGAAUCCAGAGCUCCUGACACUGUCCCAUAUAAACUUUUAGACCAUGGGAAGAGGGAGCUCCCUCCAAUAGGAUACAUUGAGAACUGUAGCAGUUCAGUGAGAAUACCACCUGAUGGUGGCAGAGGAGGGUUGGGUGAAACUGGGUAAUAGAAACACCUGCACCUUCUUUACCAUUUAGCUAUAACAGUGUUUUCAGUAAUAGAACUACUCUUGUGCAUAGAGCACACAUGGAUUUUUCCCAGGAUGGCUACAUCUAAUUAAAAUAUACGCACACAGUCCAUGAACUCAUUAUUCCAGCAGAGUUUCAGCUAAGCUUUCAGUAGUGUUUAUGGCUUCCAUCCUGUAAAUUGUUUAAUUGCAGAACUUCCACUUAUCACACUCGGUACCAUCCAGCGGGGUGGAUUUUUCAGAGGCGUUUGUCUUUGAAUCCCACAUGGUGUUAUCCAAGUUAUUUCAGUAGUUUUUCAAUUCUUGUAUCUUACAGACCAUGCAUUUCAAAAUGAAGGUACAGAACAAGAGUGAAGAAAGUGUAAAAGCUAAACAAAUAUUUUCUUUUUUUUACUAUGUCACAAACUGUUUCACUGGAAAAUAAAGAUCACAUUGUAGCAUGAAAAAUAGCAUGAAAAAUAUGGACAUUGUAUAUUUGCCUUGACAGUGCUCUUUGGCAGUAAUUAGUGAAAUUUUGCAUCAUGAGUGUAAAAUUUUCAGCUCCAUGGGAAUUUUCAGAGCUAAUUAGAAUUUAUUUUAAAUGGUAGAACUUUAUGAAUAAUUGUUUCAUCUUAAAAUAUCAGUUUCUUAAUAUUUUGUAAUGGUCCUUACUUUAUUUUUAUUUGACAGAGCCACAAAACUGCAAUACAAGCCAUGUUCACUAUAAAAAUAAAAAAUGUAAACUCUGGCCCAGGUUUUACCCUAGAAUACACAUAAUAAAUGCUUGCUAAUUUUUCAGCAGAACCAGGAUUUUGUGCGAUAAACCAGUUAUGUUUAAGAAGGCUGUGAUC